UGUUGGGACAGUCCCUUUUCCCUAGAGGGGGGAUUGUGUCCCUGAUCCUGCGAGCACGGGGAACUGCGAACUUUGGAGCACACUGUGCUGGGGCUGUGGGUGCUGCAUGGGCUCUGUGGGCGCUAACUGGACCCUGUCCCCACAGGCAGACCUGAUCUCCACCAUCGGAGAGAGCGCGGCACUGGGUGCAGCUGGGGCCAUUCUGUGGGGAGAUGCAGUUGACACCAGAAACCGGGAGUUGUGCCAGUUCAUGAAAAACUACCUGGAGGGGGACCUCGGACGCUACAUUGUGAAUGUCACGACAGCAGCAGAGCUCUGCAGCACCACGCUGUGCCAGGGCCGGGGGCGCUGCCUGCGCCAGGACAGCCAUUCCGAUGUCUUUCUCCACCUCAACUCCACCAACUUCCAGCUGCGGCGCCGGGAUGCUGACCACCCCGAGCGCCCCCUCUUCUGGGCCGAGGGCCAGCUCUCCUCUGCUGACGUACUCUUCCUACGGACCCACUUUCACUGCCACUGCUACCAGGGCUGGCAGGGCAGUGGCUGCCAGACCCGCGCUGGCCCCCGCAGUCAUGCCCCUGGCCGUUUGGCACCGCUGGGACUCGGGGUGCUGUUGCUGCUUGCAAGCUGGUGCUACCCGCCCCUGGACUGAGCUGCCCCUGUCUCUGGUGGUGUAGGAGGAGCCUAUUUAAGAUAUCCCUACCCUGCCUGGGAGGCAGCUAAUUACGGAGGGCUGUCCCUCACUGUGGCGGUGUGGGGGAAGAGCUCUGCGGUUGCCCCAUCUCUACCCACCCUGCUGCAGUGCAGGUGCCCUUCCUGGGGAUGGGGGAAGGAGGGGACCCCUCUCCUGUUGUAAGGAGAGGGAUGGGGGCAAGAGGGACACGGGGGCGGGGAGCGGGUGCUGCGUGGUGCUGAUCCCCCGUGUGCUGCCCCACACUGGAGUGCUUUACCUCGAAUAAAGCUGGGUCAGACUGA